GAAAUAAAUACGAGUACUCCAUAUUUCGCAUGUAUUUUGCAUUAUUAGCGUGUGACCGCGUGUUGUACACUUACACCGAUAAAUCGCAAGCACCUUAUUCUUCCCCAAAUCAAAAUCCCAGCUUCCCCAAAUAACCAAAAUCCUUCUUUGUUGAAUUUCUAAGUUGAGAGAGAAACAAGAAAUGGCGACUGACAAAGGUAAAAUUGAAGGAGGAACAGAAAUACCCAAAAUCAUUUGGAAUGAAAAUCAACAAAGAUUCGAAACAGAAGACAAGAAAGCUUAUUUAGAAUACCAUCUUAUAAACAUUCAUGGAAAUAAUUCCCAAAUCAUGGAUAUCCUUCACACCUUUGUUCCUCCUUCCAAGCGAGGCCUUGGUUUGGCUUCUCAUCUCUGCGUUGCCGCCUUCAAUCACGCUCAGUCGCAUUCCUUACCCGUCAUCCCUUCCUGCUCCUAUGUCUCUGACACAUUUCUUCCGAGGAAUCCAUCAUGGAACGCGUUAGUGUACAAAGGAGAUGUUAAAUCUAGUAUGUGAACUCCAGCAACUUCUCUAUUAAAAUACAAGCUCUGUGAUGCUAUUUCAGCUAUUACAUUCAGUGAAUGAAAUGUUUCAUGCUCAAAGAGGAUCUUGUAAUUGAAAAUACAUAUUAUUAUAAAUAAUAUUCGCUGGUUUUCUUCUA